GGGAGGUGAGGGUGCGGGUUACUAUGAACUCAUAUGUGACCUGGCAGGCGGGGGAGCAGCAUGCUCGCUUUCCUCAUCCGUCUGUUUCUUCCUUUACUCUAUCAGUGACUGCUCCGCUGCCUUUCCCUCUGUCUCUAUGCAGCUUUUCCCCUUUUACUUUUGUUUUUUGUUUUUUAUUUGGCAGCUUUUUUUUUUUUAUUAAUUUUUUUUAGGGUCUAAACAUGGGGGAAGCCCAAGACGUCUCCAGCGUCCCGACUGACGUUGUCCUCUGUGGCACCUUCACCCAGGUGCCCGACGAUGGCAACGCAAUGUCCCUGCUCCUGAGUAGGACACAGCUGAUCAUCCAGAGCCUCUCCGCCGCCACCGCCGCCGCCUCCUCGGGGUCCCCCCAUACGUCCUUCCAGCUCUCUGACUGUAUCAACGGUCGUGCCUUCAGGGGUAAAGACCCCAAAGAUAUAGGGGGCUACUUUAAAGUCGUCUUUUAUCCUGUCCGGGGGAUACUGGGGGCCGCCGCUUACCGACAGCGAAUUUCCAGGACGUUCCGGAUGGAGGCGUCGAGGGACAGGGAGCAGAACCUGAACCUGGCGAGGACUUGGGCGCAAAAGAUAUGCCAGCUGUCCGAUGAGCAAGGUCCCCCGCGCCUUUUGCCCUCUCCGGCGCGAUUCCUGGUGCUGCUGAAUCCCCGAGGAGGAACUGGAAAAGCGUUUACUCUCUUUGAGACCCAUGUGAUGCCCAUGCUAACAGAGGUCAAUGCCCACCUUACUCUUCUGGUGACAGAGAGACCCAAUCAAGCGCGUGAACUGAUGCGGGAGCAGGAUCUGUCAUCCUGGGACGCCGUAGUGGUGAUGUCAGGGGACGGAUUGUUGUUUGAGGUGAUUAAUGGGUUAAUGGAGCGAGCGGAUUGGGCAAAGGCCAUUAAGAAACCACUCGCUGUCCUACCAGGCGGUUCGGGGAACGCACUGGCUGCAUCUAUCAAUCAUUAUUCUGGACACCAGCAAGUAACAGGAACCAAACUCCUGACCAAUUGUGCCUUCAUAACGUGUAAAGGUCAUCCUGUUCCCCUGGACAUCGUAUCUCUGACUACCGCCUCCAAGCAGAGGAUCUUCUCCUUCCUUAGCCUAGCGUGGGGCUUUAUUUCGGAUGUGGAUAUAGAAAGUGAGAAGUAUAGGUUCAUGGGUUACGCCCGUUUUUCUGUCGGCACUUUCGUUCGACUGACCGCGUUACGGACCUACAGAGGACGACUUUCCUACCUCCCGGCUUCUUCCUCAUCCGAGGGGAAGACAACUACCUCUUCUGACUCAAAUAGUGCCUUAUUGGAUACCUUAGGGCCACCAGCGUUGGAAGACCCAUUACUGGUACCAUUGGACAAACCUGUACCCAGUCAUUGGCACACCGUAGAAGACCAAUUCGUUCUCAUCCUCGCUCUCUACCAAUCUCAUCUAGGGGCCGAACACUUUACAGCUCCUAUGGUGAAAGGUCCGGGAGAAGGGAACGUUCACCUAUUCUACGCCACCUCCAGAAUCUCACGGACGUCACUCAUUAAACUAUUUAUGGCCAUGGAGAAGGGGACUCAUUUAGAUCAAGAGAUACCUCAUCUGACUCAUGUUCCUGUCGAGGCAUUUAGGAUCGAGCCGGCGGAAAGCACCGGAAUCAUGACCGUGGACGGAGAGGUCAUUGCAUGCUGUCCGGUACAAGGGCAAAUUCACCGGGGUUUGGGGAAUGUUUUAUCAAUGGGACAAGGUAUAUGAGGUUGACGUACCGAAAGCGGUAACAGCUUGGCACGGCAACCGUAACAGAAGAGGGUUCUGCAGAACGAACGAGGGUUCUGCAGAACGAACGUACUGAAAGAGGUAACAGCUUGGCCUGGCAACCGUAACAGAAGAGGGUUCUGCAGAACGAACGUACUGAAAGAGGUAACAGCUUGGCCUGGCAACCGUAACAGAAGAGGGUUCUGCAGAACGAACGAGGGUUCUGCAGAACGAACGUACUGAAAGUAGUAUCAGCUUGGCCUGGCAGCCGUAACAGAAGAGGGUUCUGCAG